UAAAUACUUCCGCAUCUCAACAAAAUCCAGGAAGAACCCUACUAAAAACCUCCAGCUAUUUCUGCAAAAAAAAAAAACAAAAACCCAGCCAUCGUUCUCCUUUUCCGUUCUGUAGCAGGGAGAGCAAGUGCGAGGAAGUUGGCAAAUAUAAGAUGCCGCUGGGAGAAAAGGCAGGGUGGGAGAAGAGCGAGUCACGAUACUGCGGAGUGGAGGCGGAUUUUCAUGACGACAUUCCUCAGCUUCUUUCUUUAAAUCUUUCAUCUGGCUCCUUCGAUUUCAUCGUCGCUCCCUUGAUGGAUCCCACUUAUAGGCCUAGCUUAAUGGAAAAAGACAAGGGUGGAUCAUGUGUGCCACCAUUUGCUGGGUCAGACUUAGUUUUGAGCCCUUCCCAGUGGAGUAGUCAUGUUGUGGGAAAGAUUAGCUCAUGGAUUGACUUGGAUUCCGAGGAUGAAAUUGUUCGGAUGGAUUCUGAAACUACUUUGAAGCAAGAAAUAGCAUGGGCUCAUCAUCUAUCCCUCCAAGCUUGCCUUCUUCCUUCACCUAAAGGGUCAUCCUGUGCUAAUUAUGCUAGGUGUGUGAAUCAAAUUUUACAGAGCCUGAACAAUAUGCAGUUGUGGCUUAGGGUUCCACUGGUCAAGAUUGAAGAGGAUUCUAUGGAUGAAAAGUCGGAAAACUUGCUUGAUUCAUGGGAAUUGUGGAAUUCAUUUCGUCUUCUCUGCGAACAUCACACUCAAUUGUCAAUUGCCCUUGAUGUGCUGAGUGAACUACCUUUGGCGAACUCACUGGGACGUUGGUUCGGUGAGCCUGUUAGAGCAGCCUUAAUAAAUACCAACUCUUUUUUAACAAAUGCUCGUGGCUGGCCAUGCUUGUCUAAGCGUCAUCAGAAACUUGUUGCUGGUUUUUUCAACCAUUCUGUACAGAUAAUUAUUACUGGAAAACCCAUACAUGCUCUUCCCAAAGCAGGUUUGGAUCUAGCUGCUAAUCAUAUUGAUGACAACAGCAAAAAUAUGCAGAGACAUCCUCUUAAGUCAUAUUUGGAUUACGUUGCCUAUCUCUUUCAAAGGAUGGAUCCCCUUCCCGAGCAAGAACGCUUUGAGCUUGGUUACCGGGACUUUUUGCAGUCUCCACUGCAACCUCUCAUGGAUAAUUUAGAGGCACAGACUUAUGAGACAUUUGAGAAAGACUCUAUGAAAUAUAUCCAGUACCAACGUGCAAUUUGCAAAGCUUUGGUGGAUCGGGUGCCUGAUAAUGAAGCAGCUGUAUUGACCACUGUAUUGAUGGUUGUAGGAGCUGGGCGUGGACCUCUCGUGAGAGCAUCACUGCAGGCUGCUGAAGAAACUGGACGCAGUCUAAAAGUUUAUGCAGUAGAGAAAAAUCCUAAUGCAGUUGUUACACUUCAUAGUCUGGUCAAAUUGGAGGGCUGGGAAAACAUUGUUACAAUAGUUUCUUGUGACAUGCGUUCCUGGGAGGCACCAGAGAAAGCUGAUAUCUUGGUUAGUGAAUUGCUGGGGUCUUUUGGUGACAAUGAGCUGUCUCCUGAGUGUCUUGAUGGUGCACAAAGAUUUUUGAAGCAUGAUGGAAUAUCAAUACCAUCAUCGUACACAAGUUUUGUCCAACCAGUGACAGCGUCAAAACUAUAUAAUGAUGUUAAGUCCCACAAAGAUGUUGUGCACUUUGAAACUGCCUAUGUUGUCAAGGUGCACAAUAUUGCGAGGCUUGCUCCAUGUCAACCUGUUUUUAAAUUUGAUCAUCCAAAUUUUUCUGCUAACAAAAGCAAUCAGCGUUACAAAAAAUUGAAAUUUGAUUUACCUAUUGACACUGGAUCAGCCAUGGUGCAUGGAUUUGUUGGUUAUUUUGAUGCAACACUUUACAAAGAUGUACAUCUUGGCAUUGAGCCAUCCACAGCAACGCCAAACAUGUUCAGCUGGUUUGCUAUUUUUUUCCCUCUGAGGUUACCAGUUUGCCUGCAUCCUGGCACUCCUCUAGAAUUGCAUUUUUGGCGUUGCUGUGGUUCUACCAAGGUCUGGUAUGAAUGGUGUGUGACUUGCCCCUCAAGUACCUCAACGCCCAUCCACAACAGCAAUGGUCGUUCAUAUUGGGUUGGCCUUUAGUGGUUAUAUACUAACUUUAGGAGCUACACCAUGUGCUUUCGGAAUGGCUUUUAAGUCCUUUGGUUUUCUGUUCCAAGUCAAGCGGAAAUAUGAAACUUUUUGUUACUGUUUAAAUGCGACCUUGGCGCUGGCCAUUUUUCAAAGUCAGGAAGGUAAUAGGAUCUCAUUGUACAUGAAGCUCUUUGGUGAAUUUUUUGGAAUCUUUCCUUGGAUUUUGUUUUUUUUUUUUUGUGAGAGUCUACAGCUCUAGUAGUAGUUUUUUUUUUU